GACGAGCCAAAGUUAAGCUCGGAGGCAUUGGAAUCGUGCAAUGCGCUCGUGUUAAAUGUGUGCGUCGUGUACUGGCUGGUGUGCAGCAAAGUCUUCGAAGUUUGCGCGAAAAUGGAGUGCAUGGCACGUUUCGUAUUGAGGACUGCACCUUGCGCUCUGCCACUUCUGCGAUCGCAGUCCGCGCCUAGGUUUGCUCAGGUAUGCGGAUACAAGCGAUCGCUCCCAGCUGUGCUGAUGGAGAUGAAAGCUCGUCGGAAAAGAGAAGGCCCGGAGCCCCUGCGGCAUCGCUCCGUUCGUAUGGAAUGGAACUACGACGCGGAAAUGUAUGCCUUCGCCAGGCGCCUGGGCGAAAGCUGGUCCGACAGCACGCUUCGGAUUGCCUUUGUGCAAGCAUCUUACCUGGAACGGGAAAAGCAACAGCGGGAGGAACUAGGCAUGCAACCGGAGAACGCCGGCGCCGACAUAGGCUUAACGCCGAACACCGAUCUAUCUGCGGCUGGUUACGACUUUUGCAAGAGUUACACACAAAACUACAUUGUGCAAACUUUUCCCAGCCUUCCUCCGGACGGCGUCGAGGCCUUACAAAGCUAUUUGUUAUCGGACACCGUACUGUCGCACAUUUCGAGUAGCAUCGGCACUGCGGACUUGAUCAUGUGCGCGGACUUUCCACCGGAGGAAAGCACGCUGGCCAAUGUGUUCAUGGCUUUAAUUGGGGGAUUGCUGGAAGACUGCGGAGUAGAACGGGCGCAGCUAUUUGUGCGAGACUUUGUGCUCACGCAGCUGAUAGGCAAGGAUGUGUGCGAGCUGUGGGAAAUUCCCGACCCUCACGAGAGGCUGGCCGCCGUGCUACAAAAUUCCGGUAGGGCUCCCGCGGAACCGAGGUUGCUCUGGGAGUCCGGGAGGAACACUCUUGAAGCCAGUUUCUGCGUCGGGCUUUACUCCGACAAGCAGUUUCUGGGCUGUAGCGUCGGCGAGACGCUGACCAUAGCCAAAGAAAUGGCGGCUCGAGACGCACUCCGCCGUUUCUUUGGAUUGUCUCACGAUAGAAAUGCCUUGCCCAUGAACGAGAAAAAUCUUACGUUGAGACGCGACCAAACAACGCAGCCGAGCUCAACUGCAGCGGCAACGCCAUGACGCUUCGUUGUGUGGGGGAAAAAAUACUAUUCGUGUAGUGUGUAUAUUUCAGCUUGUAAAUUUGCCUGGAAUUGUUUACUGUUCAAUAAAUGUACCCGAAGCAUGU